AUGCUGCCGUCAUCGACCAGGCGCUUCGCGUGCGUCACUGCUAUAUGGCCCCUGCACUGUGCUAUCUGGCGCAGGGGGCGACUCCAUGCAGAGUUUGAGGUGCUGGGGGAGCUGGGCCGCGGUGCCUUUGGGCGCGCGCUCAAGGCGCGGCGGCGUGCCGACGGCUCGCUGGUCUGCCUCAAGGUGCUGGACACGCAGAGCAUGGGGGCCACUGAGAGGCGCAUGACACGAGAUGAGGUGCGGGUGCUGUCCAGCCUGCAGCAUCCCAACAUUGUGCGGUACGACACAUGUUUCUACGAGCUUGGUGAGGGCUGUCAGUACAUAUCCAUGGAGUACUGCGAGGAUGGCGACCUAGAGAAACUGCUGAAGGCGCAAGGGGGAGGAGGGUUGUUGCUGAAAGAGGAGGAUUUGAUGGUGAAAUUUGUGCAGCUUUGUUUGGCGCUCCAGCAUGUCCUUGCCAAGGGCAUCAUCCAUCGCGAUGUCAAGACAUCCAACAUCAUGCUGAGCCGGCACGGCAUACUCAAGCUGGGUGACUUUGGCAUCAGCAAGGUGAUGACCCCAGGUAAGAGCUAUGCCAAGACAAUGGUGGGGACGCCCUUCUACAUGGCGCCUGAGGUGGUGGAGGACAAGCCUUACAACAAGAAAUCGGAUGUAUGGUCUGCCGGCUGCGUGCUGUACGAGCUGGCCACCCUGCAGCGUCCCUUUCGAGGAGGCUCUGUUUCAGCCAUUGCUGUGAAAAUCUUGCGAGGUUACUAUGCGCCGCUGCCCGAACAGUACAGCCAGGAACUGCAUGAGCUGGUGGCAGCACUGCUGAACCGCAAGCCCGAACAGCGUCCCAGCAUUGAUGAGGUAACCAGCACUGAGAGUGGCCGAUCUCAGCCCUGA